GCACAAUUCACCCAGCAUGCGCCGCUUCUUCUCCUCCACCGUCAACGCGAACGAAGUGAGCAAGUUCACCCGCGCCGCCAAUGACUGGUGGAAGCCGGCUAGCAACACGGGCGUGGGUUUGUUGCAUCAACUCAACCCCACGCGUGUGAGUUACAUUCGCAGCCAUGUCAUCGAACACUUUGGAAAAGACCCCCACCGCGAUGCUGCGUGGCCCUUGAAAGGUCUUCGUACGCUUGAUGUGGGCUGUGGUGGUGGCAUUUUGUCCGAGUCGCUGGCUCGCUUGGGUGGAGAUGUGACGGGUGUCGAUCCCGGCCAAGCCAACAUCGAUGCGGCCUCCGCCCACGCCGAGCAAGACGACGAAACGGAGAACAUUCGGUACAUUUGCACGACCGCAGAUGCCCUAGUGGCACAGAACGAGACCUUUGACGUCGUGUGCGCGUUGGAGGUGGUGGAGCAUGUGGACGACGUGCCAGCGUUUAUCCAGUCGUUGACGCAACUGGUCAAGAGUAUAAGUAGCCUGAUGGCAUUUUGUUCAUGUCGACAAUCAAUCGUACGGCACUGGCGUACUUGACGACGAUUGUCGCGGUGGAGCAAGUUCUGCAACUCGUGCCCCAAGGUACUCAUGAAUGGGGCAAAUACAUUCAGCCUCACGAACUCACGGCUUGGAUUCAAGAGGUACGUACGAUUUGAAGUUGUAGAAAAGUGCAAACUGACGUUUACUCUACCCCCCCUAUCAUAGCAUGGACUGCAAGUGUCGAAUGUGUCUGGCAUUGUGGGCGAUCCGUAUGUCCAAGGGUGGAAACUGCAUCCCACUUGCACCGAGAUCAACUACAUUCUAGCCGCGUCGUCGCGAAAACGCCGCUAAUAAGUCGACCGUAACAACAAAAUUGUAUAUAUUGUGUUUUCGAGUGAAA